GUUAAAAGCAGAGCAAAAACUUGAUUGAUUGAUUGAUUGAUUCCUCUCCCUCUCUUCAUCAAAUUGGAGAGACCCCUUUUCGCCGGAAACUGCUUUUACACCGGGAAAAACCAUGUCAGGAGGUGGUGGUGGUGGUUGCUGCCGGUGCUGUUUCAGCUUCAUUUUCACAUCGGGCUUAACAGCUCUGUUUUUGUGGCUAAGUCUGAGACCUUCAAACCCCAAGUGUUCAAUCGAUAAAUUCUACAUUCCUGCCCUCAACAAAACCUUAAACUCCACAAAAAACACUACCCUCUACUUUGAACUCAAGCUUGCUAACCCCAACAAAGACAAAGGCAUCUACUAUGAUCCUCUGAAUUUGACAUUCUUUGAUAGUUCUAAUAGGAGUCACAGGUUGGGGAACUCUAUUGUUAAUCGGUUUUAUCAGGGUCGCCAGAAGAAGGCCUUUAAGGGUGGCAAUGUUGACUUUGGGUCGGCGGUUGUCCGGGCUGUUUCGAGGAAUGGGUCGGCGGUUUUCCGGGUAGAUAUGGUGACUAAAGUAAGGUUUAAGAUCAUGAUUUGGUUCAAAACCAAGAGGUAUAUGAUCAGGGUUGGGGCUGAUGUUCAAGUCAAUGACCAAGGGGCUAAAGUCAACCCCAAAGAUGUCAAGCUCAAGUCCAUGGCACCAGUGAUUGAAGGCUGUGGAGAUCGAGAACGAUAAAGAUUUCAGUAUUUUGCUGCUCAGUCGAUGCACAAGAUUGAAGUAAUGCGCAUAAAAUCUUGUGCGUGCAACUCAAUAGGAUAACUAGGAUACUAGCUCCCUGUCAUAGCUGGUUUUAGAUUGUGUAGUGAUUCUUUUCUUAGUUUUCCUGACAAAUUGGAGGGGAAUUUGUAUGCAAGAAAUUGAGGUGAUGAAGUUGUAGAGAUAUAAAUCAUGAUUUAGUCAUAGUUACUUCCCAUUUUUCAUUGUAUUGGAACAAUUGGAAUCAAUUCAUUUUUUUUUUUUGGCUA